UGCCAUCUUGCAUCUAUAUGAUGAUGCUGGGUAGGGGGGUGUCUACCUGAGGUAUAGCAGCAUGAGGGCCCGGCUUUCGCCGCAUGAGACCGAUUCAACUUUGGCGUUUGAGCCGACAAACGUCGCGGUGGAACAAUUGCCUGAUUCCAGUAUUCUAUAACUGAGAGCGUGUUCAUUAUCGUCACUCUUCUACCGCUACAACAUCAUUAUAUCGCUACUUGUCAAGAGAUCUCCAACAGAAGACGAAGCAGAGCAAAGAAAGAUCUCAAAUCAUCAUGGCACCUAGCGUUGCUCAAGACGCGCAUCAGACUGACUUGUCGGCCAAGUCCACACUCUCGACACCGAGUCAAGUCUCGCAAUGGACGCCCGAGACGGUCCUCUCCACCAUGGCACCGCUGGAAAAGAACUCAGCCUCCCCCGUUCCAUUCUUCCAUCUUCUCGAACGCCUAAAGACAACCAAGCGUGAGGGCUGGCGCAGAUUCGGUAUCAGCCAGGGCGAAUCCAUUUCCGACCACAUGUACCGCAUGUCCAUCAUCACCAUGCUCUGCCCCGCUUCCCUGUCUUCUCGUCUCGAUGUACCACGCUGCACCAGAAUGGCCCUCAUUCACGACAUGGCCGAAGCUCUCGUUGGAGACAUUACCCCCGUCGAUGGUGUUCCAAAGUCCGAGAAGAACAGAAGAGAGGCUGAGACCAUGGACUACAUCUGCUCUACCCUACUCGGCAAGGUCGGUGGUGGUCUAUCAGGACAAGAGAUGCGCGCUGUGUGGCAGGAAUACGAGGAUAGUCAGACGCUCGAGAGCAAAUUCGUUCAUGAUGUCGACAAGAUUGAGCUUCUGCUCCAGAUGAUGGAGUACGAGCGCUCCAAUGAGGGUCGCAUCGAUCUCGGCGAGUUCUCAUGGGUUGCCCAGAAGAUUGAGUUGCCAGAGGUCAAGGCCUGGUGCAACGACUUGCUGCGUGAGAGGGAGGCUUUCUGGUCCGGACUCAAGAAGACGCCGACAGGGAGCACCUUGAACGAAGAGCAGGAGAAGCAACAUGCUGAGUACUACAGCAAGAACAGCAACACAUCUACUUGAGGCUUGGAAGCGUCACGGGGUAGCGAGUGCUUUUGAACUUUCUCAUACGGCAUGCAUCCAGCGGGACCAAGGCGCAUAUAUGGCAGAAUUACACGGGGACAGGCGUCGGAAGCACAUGGCUUAUACAAUUCAUCCGGCGACGGUACGUACGCAAUCAACUACAUGAGCAUUGAAGCUGCUGUUUCAGAAGCAUGUAUAGCUCUCCACGUGACCGCAUAAUCCUGCCAUUAAGAUCGACACACACAUGAGGCCGCGUGCUUGGCGAUAGUGUCGAGCGGGCGGGCGCGUGAUGGCGGCGCACAUCACGUCGUCGGGAUCCGUCG